AUGUCAUCUACCGCAGCACCGCCGCGGUCUUCAGGCGUGAGUCGCGCGUUCUACAUGCCGCUACAGCGCACUGCUCGAGGGAGGAGUGGACAGCAGCAGUGGCCCACUGCAAGGCUACAGAGCACAACAAUGGGUUUCUUUCUGCUAGAGCGCUUUCAGUUUAAAAAUAUCGCUACAUGGGUGGCAACGUACCACUACUUACCGCUUCUGGCGUCCAUAUUGGCCAUAUGGGUGAACUGCUCUCUGCACCUUUUCUUCCACUUCGUUUUCCCGCUUCUUCGGGAGAAGUACCACUGGUCCAUGUACACGUGGCGGGACGUGAAGGAGAUUCCCCUUGCCCAUGACGCCAUUCGGGCUCUGUACGUUGUACUCUCACACAUUGGCAUGCUCCUCGGACUAGCUGUGCUUGGAUACAAACUGAUGGUUGUAGUCACAGAUGCCAUGAUUGACUCAUGCCUUGUCGUCUACGAUGAUGCCGCACAGUGCACCGUCGGCUUCUACACUCUGUUGCGAAGCUAUCAGAAACUGUUAGCUUCGCCGUGUCCAAGGUCUAUGGUAAUGUUUGUGACCUCCUGCAUCUCAUUGUUAUUUGUGACUAUCUUUAACGGUGGAUCACUUAUUCAGUGGGAUCGACGGGAGAAUGAUAUUUUUAUCCUGUUUAUCGUCGCAACUUUUAUAUUGGCGGUGUUGCUUGUGUUCGAUUACUGGCGGAGCGUUAAUGAUCCAUUUGGCCCCGCAAUGACACGGUGGUGGCGGAAGGCAGUGCCGCGCUCGCGACGGAGCUACCUGUACAUCCUCGCAUUGUACUGCGUUUACUUGUCGUGGGUGAAGGGCUGCAGCUACGGCCUCGCGAGCUUCUGUGAGGGAAUGGUGUACAUCAGCCUGCUCCACGCAGGACUUCUCCUUUCAGGGCGGGUAACAUUUUUUUUUCACAGAAUGUAUGCUAUUGGGGAUUCGGUGAUGCAGCAUCCGAAAGGACGAUGGGUGCUGUUGGGUUCUGCGUUUCCUAUAGUUUCAUUGGUGAUGUCCUCCGCCGCCGUUUCUUCUGCCACGCUCGUCAUUGUGGAGGUUUCACUGGUGUGCGUUGUCAUUAGUGCUGUGGCUAAGCGGUUGGGCCGUGCUGGGCGGCGUGACGGUGGGGGGACGUCUGAACCGUCAGAAAAGGGUGCCACCGCCGCACCUCCCACCAGCGCAUGGCGGGAGGGCAGCCGACGAGGUCGUCCAGGCGUUCUUCUUCGCGCUUUUCAUCGGCUGACAUUUUCGUCUGCGGUUCUGCUCAUCCUCAGCCUUGCGCUUUGGGUGAGCGUGAAGCAUCCCGGUCUGGAGGGCGUCACGCCGACACGUUGCACAGGUGUUGCUACCGGGGAGCGCAUACGCGUGACGGCACGCUACAUGGUCGCCGACCUCUACGGUCUCCGUGACUAUGAGGACCCGAAGAAGUUGGUUUACGAACUCGACGAGAUGAAGUACGAUGCUGCGAGACAUGUUGGUUUGUGCUCGCGGAGGUGGGCCGUCGACCUGCACGCGGCGGACCUCGCCUACUUCUCACUCAUGGCAUACUUGCAGCGGGACUCUGAGGACACUGCCACAAUGCUCAACUUCUACAGGCGAUACCGCGAUGACGCUUCGGACUGGGUGGUUGUCCCGACGAACCACACAUACGGUCGUGCGGUGUUCCGUCAUAUUUAUUCGCCGUCAAAGAAUACCUCAGUGAUUGCGGUGCGGGGAACCGACAUCACCUCACCGUUUGACAUACUGCAAAACAUGCUUCUUUUCAGUGAAACUUUCUUCUUCAAGAUGUUGGCGAACAUCCUUCCUCUCAGCAGCCUAAUUCCGGAGCGUGUCAUUGUGGACUACGUGGCUGCUUCAAGUGCCAUUAGCGCCUCACUUUUGGGCGGCCCACCAAAGGACUAUUACCACCUGCAUGUGGAGGACUACUUGCGAAGCGUCAAUUCAAAGCAUAUUGUCCUAACGGGCCACUCCCUCGGUGGCGUCGUGGCACACAUCGUGGCGGCACGUGCACACCUCCCAGGAGUCGCGUUCAGCAGCCCAGGGAUUAAUCUUAUGCGGAAGAAGUUGGGUAUUGAUCCCGAUGCGAUCGACGGUUUCACGACAAAUGUCAUUGUGUCCAAUGACUUUACCGUGGACCUUGACACCCCAGGUGGAACGGUGCACCACAUACAAUGCGAGCAUAAAACUGCCGAGGUGUGCCACUCCAUUGAACUUCAUGCUAUUCGAAUGUGGACGGUGUGCCCGUCGUACCGGGCAAGGACGCGCCUUAACGGGACAUACAUCUUGACAGGUUGA